AGCGAUUGCCAGCAUUACCAGUUAAGCCUCCGAUUGGGCAAGACGAACUAACGGCACGGGCCACGCAUGCGCGCACAGUCCGCACUCUGAAGGCGAACACGCACGAACACGUCUUAGAACCAAUCAAGAACUAAAAACAAACUCUGUUCUCUUUUAAAUUUGAUUUUUUUUACAAUUUUUUAUUUGUACAAACUUAUUGAAAAGUGCAAGUGAAGUGCUAUCUAAGAACAUGGCCAAAAUGAAUCAUUGCCAAGUACUGCUGUGGCUGCUGGCUGGCCUAGCUCUGGCUGCUGCCCAGAGCGAAAAUGUGAUACUGGAGACUCUGAAUUUUCUGCGACGCGGCCAAACGGAAGUGGACCUGGAGAACUAUGACAACACCAUACAAAUGGGCGCCGAAUAUGAUUUUAUAGUCGUCGGCGCUGGCACCGCCGGCUGUGCACUGGCCGCACGCCUCUCCGAGAACCCAAAGUGGAACGUGCUGCUGCUGGAGGCGGGCGGACCGGAGCGCCUGGUCAUGGACGUACCAAUUGUGGCGCACUUUCUGCAGCUGGGCGAGAUGAACUGGAAGUAUCGCACACAGCCAUCGGAUCACGCCUGCCUGGCGAUGAACAACAAUCGCUGCAACUGGCCGCGUGGCAAAGUCAUGGGUGGCAGCUCCGUUCUGAAUUACAUGAUGUAUACAAGGGGCAAUCGCCGGGACUACGAUCGUUGGGAGGAGCUGGGCAAUCCUGGCUGGGGCUGGAAGGAUGUGCUGCCGUAUUUCAAGAAAUACGAGGGCAGCAGCGUACCAGAUGCCGAGGAAGACAUGGUCGGACGCGAUGGCCCAGUGAAAAUUAGCUAUGUGAACUGGCGCUCCAAGAUUUCGAAGGCCUUUGUUGAGGCGGCGCAGCAGGAUGGCUUGAAAUACCGCGACUACAAUGGACGUAUACAGAACGGUGUCGCCUUCCUGCACACGACCACACGCAACUCUACGCGCUGGAGCUCCAAUCGCUCGUACCUUUACCCCAUCAAGGGCAAACGCCCCAAUCUGCAUGUGAAGAAGAACGCGCUGGUGACCAAGGUGCUCAUCGAUCCGCAAACAAAGACCGCAUAUGGCAUCAUGGUGCAGACSGAUGGACGCAUGCAGAAGGUGUUGGCCCGCAAGGAGGUGAUUGUCUCGGCGGGCGCCAUCAACACGCCCCAGCUGCUGAUGCUCUCGGGUGUCGGUCCCGCCAAGCACCUGCGCGAGGUGGGCAUCAAGCCCAUUGCAGAUCUGGCUGUGGGCUACAAUCUGCAGGACCAUACAGCGCCGGCGGUUACCUUCACAACGAACGUAACAUCGCUGAAAUUCGAGGACUUUGCCGAUCCCACAUGGCUGACGCGCUUCAACCGUAGAGAGGGGCCGUACGGUUCGCCCGGUGGCUGUGAAGCCAUAGCCUUCUGGGAUCUGGAUCAUGAGAGCGACGAGGAUGGCUGGCCAGAUAUUGAGCUGUUUAUGGUCGGCGGCUCCAUGUCCUCCAACCCAGCCAUAUCACGUGCCUUUGGCCUAAAGAAGUCCAUUUACGAUGCGUUGUUCGCCGAGAUUGAGGACAAGUCGCUGAACGCAUUCAUGAUCUUCCCCAUGAUCCUGAGACCGAAGAGUCGCGGUCGCAUAAUGCUUAAGAGCAGCGAUCCAUUCAAGUAUCCGCUGAUUCAUGCCAACUACUUCGCCCAUCCCUAUGACGUCGACAUUUCGGUGCGUGGCCUCCUUAAGGCCAUUAGUCUGAUGGAGCAGCAAGGCAUGAAGGCCAUUAACGCCAAGCUGUGGGAACGUAAGAUUCCCACAUGCAAGCAGCAUCCCUACAAGAGCUGGGCCUACUGGACCUGCUACGUGCGGCACUUCACUUUUACCAUUUAUCACUACUCUGGCACCGCCAAGAUGGGACCCAAGUCAGAUCGGGCGGCCGUUGUGGAUGCGCGCCUGCGCGUUCAUGGCAUACGCAAUUUGCGUGUUGCAGACGCCAGCAUCAUGCCCGAGAUCAUGUCUGGACAUCCCAAUGGACCGGUCUUUAUGAUCGCUGAGAAGGCCGCCGAUAUGAUCAAGCAGGACUAUGGCUAUAUCAAAUAAGUGCGGGGCCUAACGUUAGCUUAGGUUUACGCUUACUUAAGGUUUAAGCAGCUCUCUACAAUUCCCAACUGCAAGUGCUUUCAGCGGAUAUCUACUCUGGAUACACAUGAAC